CGCUUCCCAAUUGGAGCCGAACCUCAACGAUCGGUUUUUGCGCAUCUCAGGCCACCGCAGAUACGUUGAUAGCAGCAAUGAUGAUUGUCUUGUUGCAUCGCAGACGAACUGGAUUCCCAAGGACGGACAGAGCGAUAAAAAUUCUGAUUAGAUAUGCGGUUCACACCGGCGCAAUUACAAGUGUCAUCGCUUUGACGAUAUUAAUUUCUUAUCUCUGGUAUGAUGGGUAUCACUUCCUGACUAUGUCUUUUGUGGUGCCAUGGGGAGGAGUAUACACCAUCACCCUGCUAGCAAACCUGCAUGCUCGUAGUCAUGCCCGAAGAUGCCUAUUACCAGCAUCCAGAGAAGGCGCUGGUCAGUCAAUUCACCUAUCCAAAAUGUCAACUAAGGGUUGGGUCCCACGUGCUAAUCCCAUCAGUGGAUUCUUAUUUGUGCGGGGGCAAGACGCAAACUGACAACAAGCAUUUGAAGAAUUGCACGUCUCCAUACCAUCUUGUUCACGUCAUAAAACAAGUUCACUGGCUUGUCAGCCGAGUCUUGUUGACCGCUAUUCACAAGUGCUAUCAAAGUUCAAUUAGAUACUGUGCCUAAAACAUACAGCUAUUGCCUCAGUCAAUCCCUGGUCCCUUUCUUCCUCGCAUUUCGAUCCACUCGAAACUUCCCCAGUGUCUGCUAUGUAAAUUGUAGUAUUCUCAAAGUUGCGU